AUGACUCUCCCCGUCAAUCCUCUCGCUCGCCUGCGCUCAUUCCCAUCGCACUUUGCCUCGCUCGCGUGCGACUCUGACACGCUCAUCGAGACCGACGUACCCGUCUCCUCCCUCCCACGAACGCACUUCCUCUCCCCUCACUCGACUUCCUCAACCCCUCCUCCAGUCAUCUCCCGCUCGCCCUUCGUCCCAGACUCGCUCGUCCAACACUUGAUGCGCAACAAACGAGACUCGGCAAUCACGACCAAGUACCUUCCCGGCACGGCCAUCACGAAUGCCGAAGCUGCGAUGCACUCGUUCGUCACGGCGCUCGUAGCCGCGACGCAGUGCGGCGACUAUGCGUGGAAGGGAGGGCAUACGGCUGUCGAGCUGGGCACGAGCGCGAGGAAGAAGAGGCUCGCGAGGAAGGUGGUUGUGUCAACUGCGCUUCAUAACGACUUUGAGGACUCGCAAGUUGCAGAGGCCUUCUUCGCGCUUGGCGACGACGAGCUGGUCGGACGAGACUUGCGACUGCGACAGGGUGGGGCGCGAUUCGUGGUCCCGUCUGUUGGGGAGAAGAACGACAAUGCAUUUCGGGAAGGGUACGACGAGACGCUGCGACAGCAUGCUGUUUACCACCUCUUGCCCGAGCGACGACUGCCUUCACGACACGAGCUUGCGCACCAGCCAUGGACAGUCGGCGAGACCGUGACCCGCCUAGUCGCACACCUACAGACACCGCUCUCCUCCGCACACGAAACGCCGACCCAAUUCCUGUCCUCCCGCUCCAUCCGCCUCUCCCCACCCUCUUCCUCCAUCCUAUCCCUCCCUCUCCUCUUCGCAACCCACAUCGCGUCCCUCACAAACGAGCUCUCAGCACUCGAGGCGCUCACCAGCCCUCGAGGGUACAUCUACACCUACCAGCCUCCCUCGAUCUUUGCGCGUCGCCUGCCGGCAGAGAUAAGCGUCUUGCUGGUCUUCUGCGCGCUGAGGGAGAUCCAGCUUGCGUCGCGCGAACCAGGCGCCCUGAAGUUGGAGAAGAUGCGCGCCUUCGCACUCUCAACUCACUCGCCCUCGCUCUCCUCCCUCUUCCCGCUCCUCUCGCUCUGCCUCCCCUCACACGUGCUCUCCCUCCACCUCUCAUCCCUCUUUCCCCCGCCCUCACAAACCUACGCCCCUCCCCCCUCCCUCCAAGGAGCAACAUUGGUGAUCCACAACAACUCCGAUGCGUUUGGUCAGAACAUCGAGAGUGAGGAGAGCGGAGGGAGUUUGGAUGGGGUUGUUGGGUGCUGGGGAGACGCGAGUCGUGCGCUGAGGAGGGAGAGGAGGGAUUUGGUCGAGUUUGUUGGGUAG